CAUAGAUCUCUUGCCGUUUGCCCCUUGCCGCGUCAUGCGGCAAUGCAGAGCGGGUUUGAGCCGCUGGCCGCAGAGGUGAAGCCCUUGCUGCUGCAUGAAUCGGUGGAGCUGCUGAUGCAGGUUGGAGGACCUGCCGCGGUGUAUGUGGACGGAUCCUUUGGCCAGGGAGGGCACUCGGCGGAGAUCUUGCGGCACCUGGCGCCGGAGGGGCGCCUCGUGGCGCUGGACGUGAACCAAAAGGCCGAGGCGGCGCGGUCCCUUUCAGACGCACGGCUGCGCUUUGUCCAGCGGUCCUGCCGGGACUUGUGCCAGCUCUUCGGGGAAGAGGAGCCGGCUGGCGUCCUGCUGGACCUGAGCGUCCAGCUCAGCGCGCAAGAGGAGCGCGCCAAAGGGCUGAGCUUUCAGGCGGACGCGUUGGACGGGCGCCUCACGCCCUGGGCGCGGCGGGCGGACGAGUGGCUAAAGCAGGUCCGGGGCCUCGUGCUCCCGCAGAAAGCGCUUCACCUGAAAGCAGGAGGCCUCCUGGCGCCGAAGAGUGAUCACCACGAGGCGGCCCUUGCAGCGCAGCGAUUUCAAGGUGCACACGGAUUGCCUGGAAGAUCUGUUUGGCCGGGCACCGCGCGGCAGACCUCCGCCAGGUCUGCGGACGUCAAAGCUGACCCCUUUUCGGCCUCGCGAUCCGAAGCGGCUCCGGGAGCGCUUUGGUGCCCAAAAUGGAAAAUGGGGAGGGUGUCAGGUCUCAAGUGAUGCGUUUGAUCUGGGGAAGAGAC